GUUCGUUAUAUUUGUUCUUCAUGAAAUAAACAAAAUUUCAUCGCGACAUAUUAAAGUUAUAUUUUCUUAUUUCACGAAAAAGUAGCGCUUUGACAUGGCCGAACGACGUGCAAAACGUAGAAGAAAAGAGGACGACGAAUCAGAGGAUGAAGAAAACGAGGCCAAUGAUGAGCAAAAUGAAAUUGCUAAGUAUUUACGUUUUAAUUGUGAAACGAAAUCGUCUACUUAUCAGAGCGAAAAAAUGCAAUACUUUAAAGGUGCAAAGGCCAUUGACUGCCUUCUCGAUUCUAAAUGGGCAAGUGGUAAAGGCGGUACUGAAAUCUUAUUCACGGAUAGAAAGUCUGUUCAAAAGUAUCUUCAAAAUUUGCUGGAAUUAGACAUGUUCAAACGCGUUACAAGAGUAAAAAGGAAGAAAAAGAGCGAAAAAGAAGAAUCGAAAAAAGGAAGCAAAGAUUCUCCAAAAUCCAGCAAAAAUAAGACAAAGGAAACAAGUGACAAGCCUGAAGGAUCCGCGGGGAAAAAAGUGAAGGUUAAAGUAAAACUGGAACUCCAUGAAUUUCAAGAAUUCUUGGAUGGCGAGGAGGUGUACAUGUGGGUAUUUGAUCCAGUUCAUCCAAGAACCAUCAUAUAUGGAGUAUUGGUUGUGAUUGGUGCUGUAGUUAUUUGUCUGUUCCCUCUGUGGCCAGAACAAAUGAGAGAAUAUACAUGGUAUCUGAGCGUUGGUGCAGCAAUACUACUUGGUGUUUUGAUUUUUGUUGCAUUGUUUCGUUACGUUUUGUUCUCAUUCGUGUGGUUGAUAACAUUGGGUAAACAUCAUUUUUGGCUUUUGCCAAAUCUCACCGAGGAUUGUGGUUUCUUUGAGUCAUUUGUGCCGCUUUAUGCACACGAAUACUUUGGAAACAACAAGGGGUCAGAAGAAGGAGAUAAGAAAGAAAAAUCUAAUGAUGACAAUGGUGGUGAUAAGCGAUCACCUUUGGAUGAACAGAAUAAAAUCGGUGAAGAGGAAAUUAGUAAUAAUACUGGUGCUGAACAAGAAACAGAACCUAUGAACGAUUCAACUUCCACAACGUCGGCCGUCAAGGAGCAAACUGAAAGUGAGUCGUGGAUCAAUGUGACUGAUGAAGAUAUUAAAAUGGCCAAGCAAGCGACUGAACAUGUGGAGACAUUAACACCAUCGGUCAAUUGUUGAUAUGUCAACUACGUUCAAUGUAAACUAUCUUAAAUCAUGUAAAGAAAUGUAGCUAUUUUUUAGUGUACACUGAGGGGAGUAAUAUAAAUUCAUUUUGCAAGUAAA